UGCAAGUCUACAACUACUCUCACAGUCCUUACACAUAAAACAUCAUAUUAUUAUUUCUUGUUUUUAUCAACAAAAAUUCUUUAUAAGUAAAAAUUUGUUCUUGGUCUCUUCCCUCUUGUUUGGGUCCCCUAUAUGAUUCUUAGUUUAAAAGCUGGCACAAUUGCACCAGCAACAACAUCAGUAGUAGCAGCAUAAACUCACUAUAAUUUCUGCAAUGGAUCAUUUUAUGGAUGAUUUAUGUUCUUCCCUUGAGAAUCAUGUUCAACCCUUUUUACCUCAUGAUGAUGCAGCCCCAAGCAAUGAAGCUGAACAUGGGUUCACAUUUGCGGAACUAAACUCUGUUCGUGCAAGUGCCAGUAAAAUUAUCUGUUGCGACUUCUCAUCAGAUGGAAAACUGCUUGUCAGUGGGGGGCAUGAUAAAAAGGCUGUUUUGUGGCAUACGGACACCUUAACGCCAAAAGCUACAUUCGAAGAGCAUUCAUUACUCGUUACUGAUGUUCGUUUCAGUCCAAGCAUGUCCCAUAUUGCAACGUCUUCUUUUGACAGGACUAUAAGAGUUUGGUCUGCUGACAAUCAUGGUGGCAUGACUCAGGUGAGAUUUCAGCCCCGUCUUGGCAGGUAUCUUGCAGCAGCAGGCGAGAAUGAUGUAUCGAUUAUUGAUGUCGAAACGCAAACGUGCAGACAGACACUAAAGGGUACGAAACCUGUUAACUAUGUCUGCUGGGACCCUUCGGGCGAGCUACUGGUUACAGUGAGAGAGGAUUCUGUGAGAGUAUGGGCACUCGGUUCUGGGAGUAUAGGGAAUUGCGUACACGAACUCGGUUCAAAUCACAGUAAAUUUCACUCCUGCGUUUUCCAUCCUGUAUACACUUCAUUGGUAGUUAUUGGCUGUAACCAGUCUUUGGAGCUCUGGAACAUGAGCGAGAACAAGACCAUGGUGGUUGCUGCACACGAACGAAUAAUUUCUUCGUUGGCUGCAUCUUCUGCGACGGGUUUGAUUGCUUCUGCUAGUCACGAUCAGAUGAUCAAACUCUGGAAGUAGCAGCAUUUGCUUCCAUGAUUUUCGGCCUGCUGUUGUAUGUUCAACUACUUUAGCACUGUUAGUUUUAUGGUGUUGGGUAGCUUGGUUUGUGUGGUAAUUAAGACACAAGGCCAACCAGUCUGUUUAUUGUCCUGGAAAACUGGAUUUUGUAUAAAGAAUUGAAGUAUUUCUGUUGUGAUCUUCCAUUUUUACCUGUAUAUGAGCUUGGAUGAAUUCAAAUGUGUAAUCUCAAGCUUUGUUAA